UAUUGACUGUAUUUGGUCAAGUCGGCUCUGGAAGAAGAAGGCAGGGCAAUAACGCGCCUGCGCAGAAAGGAGAGGGUGGCACCUUUGCCUAGUAGUGGCAAUGCAUGGAGUGAGCACCCCAAGACUGGAACUCUGUUGACUUUUGGUUUGCAGCAUCCAGACCUGAAGCUUUCAGUCUUGAGUUCUAGUCUUGACUUUUAUCCUGGAGCCUUGAAUUCUAGCUUUGACCUGCAACCCCAAGACUGGAGGUCUAGCUUUGACCUAAAGUUUUGAAGCUUCAAUUCUGAUCCUUGGAUUCUUUAACCUGUAACCCCAAGACUUUGACCUGCACUCUUGAGCCUUGAGAUCUAAUUUUGACCUGUGGCUAGGAGACCAAGACUGGAACUCUGGUUUUGACCUUUGUUUUGCAAAUUACGGACUUGAACUCUAGCUUUGAUCUGAUGCCUUGAGCCUCCAAUUCUGGUUUUGACCUUCAAUUUUCAGUCUCCGGACUUGAACUCUAGCUUUGAUCUGACGCCUUCAGCCUUUAACUCUGGUUUCGACCUUUGAUUGGCAGCCUCCAAACUCGAGCUUUGUGUUUGUCGUCUCUCUGGGACCACUCCUUGGAAGGACCUGCAGCAAAGGGCCCCUUCGACCUUGCUGCUGAGCCACUCCAUGCUCCAGGAAAAGCAUGUCCGAAGCCUUGGAGGAUGCACCGGCCCCGCCACUUCCCCCGAUGCUGCCCCCUCCACCCCCUCUUCUUUCGCCCCCCGCCACUGGGCUGCAAGGACCACAACUUCUGAAAGCUGCCUUGGAACAAACUGAUCCUGGGGACCAUGAUGGGAUUCAUGAGCUCCUGAAGCGCAGGAAAGCCAGCUUCAGUGAGCAUUUAAAGUGGCUUCUUUUCAACAACCCUGUGCCUUCCUUAAUCCAGGAGGGUCCCCAGUGUGGUCUGGUUGCCCUAUGGAUGGCUGGUGCCUUGCUUUCUCUGCCCAGAGCGGUUUCUUUCGGGAGAAUUGUGCAGGUGGCUUUGGAAAGAGGCUAUACGGCUCAGGGGGAAAUGUUCUCAGCGGCUGACAUGGCCAAAUUGGCUGGGGAGGUGUUUCCUUGCCAAACGGAGCUGCUGUCGGGAAAGCUGGAGGGAGAGAACCGCGAAAGGAUCCUUCGACAUCUAAGUGCUGGCUUCCCUGUGCUCAUCCCCUAUGAUGAAGACUUCAACCAUGAACCCUGCUUCCGGGGCGGCCACAAGGCUCACUGGGCCAUCGCUUCAGGAGCUUUGCUUGGUCUGAAGCGUGGCUUCCAGCUCCCUCCUUGCCAGGAAGACAAAGAGAUCCCGGGACUCUUCCACGCCAGCCCUUCUGCGUCGUCCUUCCCUUUGGAUGCAGUGGCCGAAACAUAUUUGCUUUCCAAGCAGGGCAAGAGCUGCCGCUAUCAGCUGUGGAGCUACACUCUGCUGCAAGAGAGCAAUGCCCAGCUAACGGACUUCAGCCCCAAAAGGGCAGCGGAUGGCAAGGUUUAUAUUGUGCCUGCAGGCGGUGUGCGGGAGGGGCUGUGUGGAAAGGCAGUGCUGCUGCGGCCUGGAGGAUCAGAGAUCCACAAGCCGCGCUGAAUGGUCAUCACUGGAAGGGUGAAUGGGAUGCUUUCCAAAGUUAUGGACAACUGUGGCCUUAACAGGAGUUUGGAUUGGUUUUUUUUAAGGACACAGAAUUUUUAAGGCUACAGAAUCAUGUAAACCCCCCCCCCCCCCCCGAGUCCCUUCGGGGAGAUGGAGGUGGGAUAUAAAAAUAAAGUUGUUGUUAUUAUUAUUAUUAUUAUUGAGGACAGCAACUAUGAGAAAAGUGGGAUGGGAUUGCCUUUUUGUAGGGUUUUAAAAAAUAAUUUGCUUUCAAGUUGUUUUCUGUCCUGUGUCAGCCCUAAGGUAAAUCUCCCACAAUGUUUCUUCAGCAAGAUAUGUUCAGAAGAGAUUUCCUCUGAGAGUCUGAGUCGCUCAAGGUUACCCAGUAAGUUUCCACGGCCAAGCAAGGAAUUUGAACCCUGGUCUGCCGGUGACCUAGUCCAACAUGCAACCCAUUACGCCACACUGUCUGCCUUUAUUCCCCCUCAAGCACUGGGAUGUGUCAUUAAAGACAUACCAUUGAAUUGGAAUCAUCCGUGCAUGGUAUUUCAAAUGUCUGUAUGGUAGCAAUACGAUCCUUUGCUCACUUACCCCAGCAGACUCAGCAGGGAAACUCCAUGGUUGCUAGACAGGUUUUGUGAUCAUCUGGGAAGAAGAAAUGUUGACGUCUCCUCUGCUUUUCCUUCCUUCUCAAAAUAAAAUAGACUGUCUCUCAACUCAAAAACGGUGUAUGUUUUGUAAGAAGUUGAGAACAACUAGCUUGGGUACUUUUUAAAAAGUCAUUUUUAAAAAUUGUACAACAAUGCAUAAGGUUGUAGGUGAACUACAACUCUCAUCAUGCCAGGUUAACCUCGAGAAACUGCAUCAGAACUUAGUUUGUUACAUUGGGCAAGUUUGUUCUAGAUGCAUCAUCAGUGGGGUUGAGUUAGCCAUGCAAAUUCUGUGUGCCUUUUAGUUCAGGUCCAUCAUCGGUGGAGGUCAUAGUUUCUGUUUGUGGGUGAACUGCAACUCACAGAAAGGAAUGCUAGUCCCCCCCCCCCCCCCCAAAUCCUUCUAGUAAUCAAAUUUUGGCAGAUCAGGUAUGUGUGCCAAGUUUGGUCCAGAUCCAUCAGUGUUUGGGUUCACAGUGCUCUCUGGAUGUAGUUGAACUACAACUCCCACAAAUCAAAGUGAAUUCCCCCCAAAGAUCCUGGGAUACAGGGCAGUGUAGAUCCAGCCUAAGAUCGAAAUUGACCUGCCCGAUGUCACUCAGUGGGUUUUGUGGCCGAGUGGGCGUUUGAAUUUUGAUAACCCAUUGUGUGACCCUUGCGAAGUCACACACUCUCAGUAAACCCUCUAGUUGGGCCACCAUAAGACUUGAAGACACACAAGAACUCACAGAGUCCUAGUUCAACACUCAGAGUGUUAUACCAGAGUGGCUCAAAGGAUGCUAUAUCUUGGAUUCAAUAGAGCAACCUGCCUUCGGUUCUCAUUUAGGAUAAGCAUGCUCAAGUUAGCAAAACACCAGUUCCCUUCUCGCUUCAUCCAAAAGUGUGGCAGAUUCUACCUUUGGAAAGGAGACUCCAGCAAACCUACUGACCAGGAAGACUUGGCCCACUGUGUCCCCGAAACACUGUACCACGAAUAGUAAAUUCCACAUAAUGUGCAGAUCAUUGGGAAAUGAUUCUCGGCCAACACACAUAAAACUGCCAGCGAGGACUUUAGGAAUAUCCUAAGGUUUUGACUUCCUCCCCACAAAGGAAGAAUAAACAGCCAUUCAUUGUUACAUUCCCAGAAUAGCAAGGCGUCAGGAAAAAAAAUGUCUGGAAUUUCCUUUGGUUUCAAAGCCAGGCUUGUUUAAGGCCAAUAAUAAAUAAUGUGUUGGGUUUUUUUUUUAAAGAAGCUAAAUCUAAGAAAGGAGGGAAAUUUGGAUGUUCUGCUGGGCUUUCGAUUAAGCAGUUCACAAGAUAUUCGGCCCCAAACUAUAUCUACCAACAGCUCCCACACUUUAUCCCUGGUCCUUCCUCCUAUAGGUUCUGCGUUUUAAACAGACAUUGCUUUUUUACUUCCAAUUUAUUAUUGGCCCUUGCAUUCUUGUCCACCAGCCCUGUUCUGGAAUUCUAUUACACAAUUCCCUUCUCCCCAAAUUUCAGUACCCAUUACUGCUCAGAGUAUUGGCUGUUGAUGAUGCUGUUUUUAUGUUAUUAUCUUCUUGUAAUGUCGUUGAUUUUAUUGAGAUAUGUUUUAAUCUGUGUUUGGUUUUAAUCUUUGUUGGAUCGGGCUUGUCCCCAUGUAAGCCACCCAUAGUCUCCGGGGAGAUUGAGGCCUUGCAGCUUCAAAGCCUGGCUGCUUUCUGAACAAAAUCUGGCUACCAGUAUUAAAAAACCCUCUAAAAUCAGGACAGUAUAUAAAGAGCAAAACUCAGACAACAGGGGAAUUCUAGAGAGAAAACAAUCAUGGCCAGCUAACACAUCCCAACAAAGGAUCCCCAGGCAGAAAGCAGCCAGGCUUUGAAGGUGCAAGUCCAUUCAGUGCUAAUCAAGGUGACCAACUGCAACAUUCACACUUGCCUCAAACAGACAAGAGUUCCUUCUUCCACCCUGGACAUUAUGCCACAGAUAUAUAAACCCCACUUGCGUAGUUUCCAACAGGCCCCACAACCUCUGAGAAUGCCUGCUACAGAUGUGGGCGAAAUGUCAGGAGAGAAUGCUUUUGGAACAUGGCCAUACAGCCUGGAAAACUCACUGCAACUAAGCCUUACUUUCCUUUUUAUUUCUCUGGAGAAAU